AUGGAGCCACUUGAACUCGAAGACAAUGGUGAUCACCAACCAUCUUUAGAAUCUUCCCUUGAUUCAGGUGUGAUAUAUGACGACACACCUAUAUGUCCACGCAUUGGAAGUGAGUACCAGGCAGAAAUCUCCAAACUGUCCACAGAGGGUGAGCACCGUCGGUUCAUCAUGACCAGCUCACAUGAAAGCAUGGUACUUGAUUAUGAUCACCCUGGUAUGAUUGGGCCAGAUAUAUCAAUUAUGUGGGCAUCAAGUGAAGUCCAUAACGAGGAGAUACUACGAAGGCAGCAUUCUUCAGAAAGUGAAGCAAGAGCCAGCAGCCAGGAUGAGGAUACUAAGCUGACCUCAAUUUCUCCAAUCCAAAAAGAUACAAGUGACCAUGAUUCAACAGACCAGGAUUCACAUUCAGUGGUGCCCGUUGAUCAGAUGGAGUCUGGCAGCAAUCUAGCACAUGGUGAGAACUUCGAUUCCUCUUCUACUCAAGAAGGUCUCAACUUUACCAAUAAGCCGUUGACACAGCAAGGGGAAAUCAAGCAAUUUACUCCACUGCCUGGUUUAUCCAGUUCCCUUUGGAGUGGUAUUGAGGCAGAAUGUUUUCUUCUUGGGCUAUACAUUUUUGGCAAAAAUCUAAGCCUGAUGAGCAGGUUCGUUGGUAAUAAGACUGUUGGUAAUGUGCUCUUGUACUACUACGGAAAGUUCUACGGAGGAGAUGCGUAUAAAAGAUGGUCGGACUGCAGAAAAGCAAGAACUAGGAGAUGCAUUCUUGGAGAGCGCAUCUUUACAGGUUCUCGUCAGCAGGAGAUUAUAUCUCGUCUGAAAUCUGUAAUCCUCAAAGAAUCUCAUGAUUCACUACUCGAGAUCUUCAAAUCUUUUAACAACGGACAGACAUCUUUAGAGGAUCUGGUCUUUUCUAUAAAAUCCAUUGUUGGAACAGAAGCUUUUGUGGAGGCUGUUGGAAUUGGUAAAGGGAAGCAUGAUUUGACUGGAUUUGUUCAGGAUCCAUCUAAGCCAAACCAAGUUCUUUCUAUUCACCCUGACAUACCUACAGGCAAAGAUUGUUCCUUGCUUGCUUCGGAAGAUAUAAUCAAGUUUUUAACAGGUGGUUUCAGAAUAAGCAAGACAAGAUCAAAUGAUCUUUUCUGGGAAGCUGUGUGGCCCCGUUUGAUUGCAAGAGGGUGGCGUUCAGAGCAGCCCAAAGAUGUCGGGCCAACUAAGAAUUGCAUUGUGUUUCUUGUGCCAGGUAUCAAAAAGUUCUCAAGAAGUAAACUCACUAAAGGUACUCAUUAUUUUGAUUCUGUGAGUGAUGUCCUUAAACGAGUGGCAGCGAAUCCCGUUCUUCUUGAGCUAGAGGUUGGUGGAACGGAUAAUGGUGUUACUGCGGAGCAAAAUGGAAAUUCCACAGACAUAAAUCUGAGCCAAGAUGCUCCUUUGGAUGGCUACCAAGAGCUUCCAAAAUUCACAGUUAUCGAUACCACCUUGGUCCAUGGGGAAGAGCCAUUCAGAGUCAGGGAGCUGAGGAAAUUACCACCUCAUGCAAAUGUUCGUUUUGGCCCUUCACAUUAUUCUCAUAAUACUGUGAGUUUCAGUUCCUCGGAGGAGCAAGAUGAGGAUGAUCAAUCAGCAGAUGACCAGGAAGUUUGUCAACGAGUUACAGCUGAUGUGAAUGGCGCUGAAAUGGUUUCGGUGUGCAAUGAAGGCAAAGAAAACCAAGUUGAUUUAUUGCAGUACAUGUCCACUGCACCAUCCUUUAGUUAUCCAGUCAAUGGCCAUUCUUCUAAUGGCAGUAGUAACAAAAUUGAUUUGGCAUGCUUCUUUGGCCCCAAAAGAAAAACUGAAAGGCGCAAGUACUUAUCCCCAGUGUCAAAGCACAGAAGAUUAUCCAGCUGUAGCAAUGAUCAGACCCGUCGGCGCAGCUUUUCUUUCUCGAAUGGAGAUGGUUUAGUGAGAGAGAAAAUCAAGCCACUGUCGACUUCGUCAAAACCAACUGUUGUCGAUAUUGGUGGUAAUAUUCAGACCAAAUCAAUUGCAACAUGUUCCACGAAGGAGAAGCCAUAUAAGCAGGUAACCGUUGCUUCAAACUCUCGUACCAAUGGAAGGUCAAAGGAGAAGAAGAAUGUGUCCAAUUUAAAUAAGGACAAGUCUUUUGAGUGCAAGGGCUCGGCGAUUCCUAAAGUUCGUUCAAAGAUCAGAACCACUAAGGCAAAUUUUGCCCAAAAAGGGGUGCAGAUUAGUAGUUUGGUUGGUCAGGUUAAACCGGAGACAGCGCUAGAUGAUAAGCCAAGCACAAAGGUAUGUGUCGCUUCAUUAGACAACCAUGGUCACAUGAAGACUGAGGAAGCUCUCUCCGUUUUGAACAGUGAUUGGGUCCCUGAUGUUUCAGAGGCAACAGGAGGACCUACUAUCCCACAACGUAAUCUGGCUUCACUGGUGAAUUCUCGGAGGCACGGAACCAGGAACAGAGCUCCCACAGCAAAAGCUUUGGAAGCGGUUGCCUUGGGACUCCUUGGAGGAAAGCGCAAGGAUGAACCAAAAAGCCCAGGGACAAGCAGGCCUCGCAAGAGAGCUCACAAAUCCUGGGUUUAUGCGCCUACAAAUAGUGACACAGACAAGUCGAGCAUGGAGGUUGAUGCGCAACUGUGAACGGAUUCUUUUGUGAUUUUCGGGUGUAAACAACGGCACCAUAUUGACAUUGUGGAUGAUCACUAUCAAGUGGAACAUGAGGUCUUCAACUUCAACUGGAGUUGACGAACUGUCUGCAUCGUUCUUGUCGUGGACCUUGCAUUUUGUUAUAUUGUAAUGUCUGCAAUGUAAUCGUUAGCAGGUUGGCCUUUAGAUUAUUGAGUUGUAUGCCUGUGAAGGCUUGCAAAACGCAACUGGUACUGGAGACAGAAGAGUUCAUGCCCUAUAUUAGCCAAUUUAUUAGUCUCUCCGAUCCAUAACAAUUAUCGGGGGUUUAGUUCAAAUUACUCCAAAUUUGAACUAAAAUCAAUUAUUAUGGAUCGGAGGAAGUAUGUGCUUAACAGGAUUAAUCUUUUCUUAGAUCAAAGUAUUUCUCUUUGUGUAAUACAUAUACCAUCAA